AUGACUCCUUUCUUAUAUUUUAUGCCUCUAAAAACAGCACAGGGCUCCAUUAUUGCAUCAAGGGGGCAGAAUGACAGCUCUAUGGCUGAGUUUAUCCUCUUGGGUUUCUCUGCCUUUCCUGAACUCCAAGGGCAGAUGUUUGGAGCUUUCCUGGUUAUUUAUCUGGUAACCCUGGUGGGAAAUGCCACCAUUGUUACUGUCAUCCUCCUGGACCAGAGCCUGCACAUCCCCAUGUACCUGUUCCUGCAGAACUUAUCUGUGGUGGAAAUGAGUUUCAGUGCAGCCAUCACGCCUGAAAUGUUGGUAGUACUGACCACCAAGAAAGCAACCAUUUCCUUUGGGGGCUGUUUUGCACAGAUGUACUUCAUUCUUCUCUUUGGUGGGACUGAGUGUUUUCUCCUUGGAGCAAUGGCCUAUGAUCGAUUUGCUGCAAUCUGCCAUCCUCUAUCCUACCCAGUGAUUAUGAGCAAAAGGGUCUUUGUAAAAUUAGUUAUGUUCUCAUGGGUAUCAGGGAUCAUGGUAGCUACUGUGCAGACCACAUGGGUGUUUAGCUUCCCCUACUGUGGCCACAAGGAAAUUAACCAUCUCUUCUGUGAGACUCCUCCUGUGCUGGAACUCGCAUGUGCAGACACCUUCCUGUUUGAAGUCUAUGCUUUCACGGGUACCAUUUUGAUUGUCAUGGUCCCCUUCCUGUUAAUACUCUUGUCUUAUACUCGAAUUCUCUCCAUCCUGAGGAUGCCAUCCACUACAGGGAGGCAGAAGGCCUUUUCCACAUGUGCCUCUCAUCUCACCUCUGUCACCCUUUUCUAUGGCACAGCCAGUAUAACUUAUCUCCAGCCCAAAUCCAGGUACUCACCAGACACCAAGAAACUGAUGUCAUUGGCUUACACACUGCUCACCCCUCUGCUGAAUCCACUUAUCUACAGCCUGAGAAACAAGGAGAUGAAAAGGGCUGUGUUGAAAUUAUGGCAAAGAAAAGUGGCUUUACACACAGGAUGA